AUGAAUGAAGAUGAUGGUGAGGAUGAUAAUAAUGGAUAUGCGGAACGUGAUGUUCUACAAAGUUCACAUUUAGGACCCAAAUUUUUCAUUAUUGACACGAUUGAUAUGGUAGAGUUUAUUGAGUUGGAUCAUGACUGCUUCGCUGACGAUACCAAAAUAUACAGAAAAUGCUGUGUGAUGGUGUUCAAUAAAGGUGCUGAUGCUAAAUUAGAGGCUAACUAUCACAUAAAUAAUACUCAGUUGGAAAAAAUAACAGAAACGAAAGAUCGUGGAAUUAUUGAUUCAGUGAUGGAAUAUUGA